CCAGUUUUCUUUUUGUCAUCAUCUCGCUUUCUUACUUCCUGGUGAGCGUAUCGUAUCAUGCUACCCAAACGGAAGUGCUACCGGUAUGCAUAGUGGCAGUUCCUUUCCAGUCUGAUUCCAUCCCCAUAUUUUCCUUUCCCAACAAACUCAGCACACACCAAAUACAUACUAGUACUCUGAGUAAAACACAAACAAAUCAUGGGUACCAGUCCUUCCAAGUCCUUAGAGGACAUCAAUGCCUCCGAUAUUGCUGCCUAUGUGGGUACGCUAGGCAACAGUUUCAAGGCAUACGAAGCCGCCAUUAUCAGAUCUGGCAUUACCGGCAGCGAAUUGGCGUAUCUCAAGGGCGACAGUCUUUUGAUUCAGUUAGAAACCAUGGGUAUCACGAACCGACUGCACAAGCGCAAACUAGCUUGUGUCUGCCGUAAAUACGUCUUGGAUAAUGGCGGUAUCAACGUGAGUGACCGAAGCGUUGGCUUUGACGAUGGGGAUACCUGCUCUACUACGACCGACAGCACCGAUGGGCUUGGGACUUCUUCGGGUCGUUCUACUAGGCUACCCCGUCCCCCAAAGCUCAAAUACAAUCGCUCCUUUGGCGAUCGCUCGUAUGCCAGUUGUGGUGGCUCGGACGAUGAGAACAACCACAACUCCAAGAUGUCCCGUGCCCCCAAGUUGCGCUACAACAAGUCGUUUGGAGAUCGAUCCCAUGCCAGUUAUGCCUCGGACGAUGACUCUUCCAACUACCGCGCCGCUCCCAAAACCAACUAUAAGCUCGAGAAUAUGUGUGUGGCACAGUCGGCCGAAGCUCUGUCUCUACUCAUUCGCAUGGAGAAUCAAAAGCGCUUACUACGACAAUCCGAUCUACCAUCGGGACCUCCGACGGAAAAGGCCGCCAUUGUCUUGACGGAUGUCCAGGGAUCGACGGCGUUAUGGGAAAGCGACCCCAAGGCCAUGCGCGAAGCAUUGAAUCUGCACGAUGAGAUUAUCCGUCAACAUCGCGCCGAACACGGCGGCUACGAAGUCGACACGGAGGGGGAUGCCUUUACCAUGGCAUUUCAUACGGCCAAGGAUGCCCUCAGCUUUGCAUUGGGACUUCAGGCAGCCUUGCGGGAUGCUCCCUGGGGCGAUGACAUUCUCGAACUGGAAGAAGCACAAGAAUGUCCCGUGACACAAGACCGAGGUCUGCGUGUAAGAGUGGCCAUUCACAUGGGGCCUGUCUACGCACGAACCAAUGCCGUCACGGGACGGUUGGAGUAUACGGGUGAUACCAUGGAACGGGCCCGUCAAGUCGAAGCCAUGGCGAGUGGAGGACAGAUUCUGGCGACACGAUCUACAUGGGAAGCCUCCGAAGUUGCAGCUCAAAUCAAAGAACUGGGCAAUGAUGUCGUGCAAGUUCUCUGCUUUCAACGCAAGAGUCGACCGGGUAAUGUCCCCAAUAUGAUGCUCAAUGAUAGCUUUCGCGACAUGAACUCACUCGCGGGCAUUCGUCAUCGAUCCCCCAACCGACGCCGCAGUGCCGAGAUGGAAAAGCCCCGUCGUCGACGACGCAGUCGCAGUGCCAAUCGCAGUCUCAGUAUGGUCGUCAAAGCCACUCCGAAUCCACAACUGUCUGCCUGUUAAUAAUAUUCCUGCCUGUCUUGUGCCUGUGAAGAAGCAACCUACCUGUACCAGUAUAAUGCUGUGAAAAACCUAUCGAUAUCCAUCUCUCACAUAUGCAUAUACUUCAUCUAUCUAUCUAUCUAUCUAGACAUGUAUUACCUGUACAACCAUGACCUACCGUACCGGUACCUGUAUAAUCUUUAGUUUAGAACACCGUAGCUAGCUAGUACUCAUCAAGACAUUGGCAGGUAGCGGAAGGUUCAAUCU